GGAGACAAAUGCGGCGUGGAGGCUUUCUGUUUACAUGCAGCAGCACAAGGAGGGCCACAUGACAUGACAUCAUGUGACUGACUCUGUUUCACAUAGUCACACAAAAGAGAAAGAAAAAAAAUGACGCCGGAGAGCUUGAUAGCGUCGGCGUCGAUCAACAUAGGUCUCGCCCUCGUCGCACUCUGGCUCUUCUCCGUCCUCAAGAAGCAACCUCGCAACGCCGUCGUCUACUACGCUCGCCGCUUAUCAGAUCGCCACCACCACCACCGUCCUCUGUCUCUACACUCUUCCCUUUGCCUCCCUCGUUUCCUCCCUUCCGUUGCGUGGAUCCCACGCGCCUUCCGUGUCCCCGAGGAUGACAUCCUCAGCCGACAUGGCCUCGACGCUCUCGUCCUCAUCAGGCUCUUCAAAUUCGGAAUCAGAUUCUUCCUGUUGUGUUCAUUACUUGGAGCGUCACUGCUUCUUCCGGUUGAUUAUUACAAUGAGUCAGAUUUACCGACUCGAAGAGAGUAUUCAAUGGAUGCUUUCACAAUAUCUAAUAUCACACGAGGUUCUAACAAGUUGUGGGUGCACUUCUCAUGCUUGUGGCUCAUUUCAUUCUAUGCAUUGUUUUUGUUGCAUAAGGAAUAUAAGGAGAUUCUUGUGAUAAGGCUUCAACAAAUGGGAGAACUUAGGCACCGUGCUGACCAGUUCACUGUUCUUGUCCGGCAAGUACCCCUCUGCCCUGAGCAUAACACUCGUGGCUGCGCUGUUGAUCACUUCUUUUCUAAGCAUCAUCGCUUCAGCUAUCACUCGUAUCAGAUGUUGUACGAUGGGAAAGAUCUUGAGUACCUUUUGGGGAAGCAGAAGAAGCUUAAGAAAGAGCUAGAAGACAAGAGACACACAGACUUGCUUUCAAAUGGAUCACAAGAACAUAAGCAAAUAUCCACAUCUGAAGAGAAGCUUCGAGAAAUUACCAAUAUGAUUUGCCACCUUCAAAGUGAAACUAUGCUCAGUGAGAAGGAAUUACCUGUUGCGUUUGUUACCUUCAAAUCCCGAAGAAGUGCCGCUCUAGCAGCUCAAACACAGCAGCACUCAAAUCCCCUAGAACUUAUAACUGAAAUGGCUCCUGAACCAAGAGAUGUAUCUUGGAGAAAUCUUGCUAUUCCGCAAAAGCUAUUGCCUCUCAACAAAAUAGGAGUCAUCCUUGCAGCAGCACUUCUUACAAUCUUCUUUGCUAUUCCAGUCACAGCUGUCCAGGGAAUUGCAAAGUAUGAGAAGCUUAAGAAAUGGUUCCCUCCAGCCAUGGCUAUUGAAUUCAUACCAGGGCUUAGUUCAGUUGUGACAGGGUACCUACCAAGUGCAAUACUCAAAGGUUUCAUGUACAUCAUUCCUUUUGCAAUGCUUGGAAUGGCCUAUCUUGGCGGCUCUAUUUCCAAAAGCAACGAGGAGAUCAAAGCUUGCAAUAUGGUCUUCUAUUUUCUAAUGGGAAAUAUUUUCUUCUUGAGUCUUAUCUCUGGGUCCUUGCUAGAUGAAAUUGGAGAAUAUCUCACUCAUCCUAGAGACAUUCCUAGUCACCUUGCUGCUGCUGUUUCAGCUCAGGCAGAGUUUUUUAUGACAUACAUCUUGACAGAUGGACUGUCUGGAUUUUCUUUGGAGAUUCUUCAAUUGGGACUUGUACUAUUUGAUAUCAUGAGAUCCUGCACUUAUGGAAGAGGAAAAGAGAGAACCCCUUACCUCUUUUCAUUUCCAUAUUUUAGAGUUAUCCCCACAGUUUCCUUAUCGAUAAUGAUCGGUAUGAUUUAUGCCGUGGUCGCACCAUUGAUGCUCCCUUUCCUAGUUGGUUAUUUCUGCCUUGGAUACAUUGUCUACUUCAACCAGAUGGAAGAUGUGUACGAGACUACAUACGAUACCUGCGGCCGAUUCUGGCCAUUCAUUCACCAUUAUAUCUUUGUCUCAAUAAUACUUAUGCAAAUCACAAUGGUCGGUCUUUUUGGACUCAAGUCAAAGCCAUCUGCAGCAAUUGCUACUAUACCACUCAUACUGAUCACUAUAGCUUAUAACGAGUACUGCAAGAUCCGCUUCCUCCCAUCAUUCAAACAUUUCCCUAUACAGACAGCAGUUGAAAUAGAUGAAGAAGAUGAAAAGAAUGGGGAGAUGGGAACACAUUAUGGUGAUGCUGCGACUGCGUAUAACAGGCAUCAACCUUGCUUAGAGCGUGUAAUAAGCUCAGCAGAAGCACCAACAAACUUGAGCCAACCAUUGCUUGGAACGGAAUCCAUCUGAAGCUAGAGGUGAGCUGGUUAGUAUAUUCUACGUAGAUUAUGGAUUUAGAAGCUUUCGACGUAUACGUUCUCAUUUGUUAUCACUUUUAGAUCAGUGAAGGCUGUAUUAUUAAUGGCCAGAUGAUUUUUGUAAGUUGUUUACUGUUUUAAUAAGUCCUCUUCCUUCCACCUCCUUCCACCUCGUCCUCUAAUCUACAGACAUCACCAACACCUUGUUUCUAAAUCAGUUUGGUUUAUUAAAAUAUAUUAUCCUC